CAUUCGUGUUCCUCCUCUCUCUCUCUCCUCUCUCUUCGUUCCCACGUAGAGAGAGAGAGGGAAAGAGAGGAAGCCCCCAAUAUUUCCUUCUCUUUCAUGCCAACAACAACCACAUUUCGCCCCAAUCUUUGCUGCAGAUUUCGCCACGCAUUUCUCUGCCUUUUGAUUGAUUCUUCUCCGUACCUCGGUUCAGGUUGCACACGUUCCUGCAUUCUCCAUCCUGGUGCCGCCUCUCAACAAACGAACAAAGAGUACGCCGGCUUUGCGCUCCAUUCACCAAGGCUUGUUGGAAAGAUCAAGCUGUGUGAUUUGGGUGCCUUAGACAAGGAUUUAUGCUACAGUUGAGGUUUUCCAAGCUACCUGCUAGAUGCGAAUUUUGAUGUACAUCUGAUCACCGUAAUGGCUGCGAAAACCGGUGUGAGGUCCCAGGACUUGUCGCAGCAAUUCUGGUCCACGCUGUCCCGGGCUCUCAGUGAGCUCUGCAUAAUCAUACUGCUCCAUGUGGCCGCUGCAGCUUCAUACGCGGCGACGGGGUUGGCGCGCAUCAGCAAACUGAGGGCACCGUGCACCCUGUGCUCAAGGCUGGACCAUGCGCUCCAUGGCAAGCCAUGGUUCUCUGCGGAUCUGGUCUGCGCCGCCCAUAGGUCCGAGAUAUCAUCCCUGGCGUAUUGCAGGAGCCAUUGCAACCUUGCCCAUUCUGAUGAUCUCUGCAAGAGAUGCCUCGCUGCGUGCACCACAUCGGGUUUCACCGAUGAGGUUAACAACUCCCAGUCCGGGUUGAGAUCGAGGCGGUCUUGCUCGUGCUGUUCGGAACCAUUCAAGAAGUCGCGCAACGCGCAGAAGCUUUCUGUAUCUGCAAACGUUGUGCAAUCUUCGCAAACAGUGCAUGGUUCUUCGGAAAGUAAGCAGAGGAGCAAAGUUGCUGUGGUUGACGAAAACAAUCUUGCAAUGCCAACCAAGGCUGUACCUGAACAGGAUCAUUCAAAAGAGAAGACAUUUGUGGUGGGCAUUGAGGAAGUCAGUGAAUCAGAUGGUGCUUCUGCAAAUACCGGGACAUCAAAGCCAACACCCAGUGGAUCCGCCAUCCCUUCUCGCAUCUUCGUCGACCGCAACAGCAGCAUAAAGAAUACUUUCAUCAGUAGGGUCAAUCUGCCAUCUCCUCGCCCAUCCGAGAUAAUCUCUGCCAGGGACAACAACUCCACCACUCAGCAAGAAGUGAAGGCACUCCUUACCCAGAUGUCCUCCGUAAGGGGCAUUGACUAUUCUUGGAGUGAAGGAGCAACCAGUCCUGAUACCAGUGCUUUCAUUGAUGAAAACAAUGGUACCAUCAGGAGACCAUCUCUCGAGAGGAAUUACUCCGUGCUGGAACCAUCAGAUGCCAACAUCGGUGAAGCUGAAGGGGAGAUCUCACUUGAGAGUUUGAAGCGACAGCUUGAGCUCAACAAGAAAUCAAUGAGUGCCCUUUACAAAGAACUCGACGAAGAACGGAGUGCUUCAGCGAUUGCAGCUAGCCAGGCCAUGGCCAUGAUCAACAGAUUGCACCAGGAAAAGGCUGCGAUGCAGAUGGAAGCACUGCAAUAUCUUAGGAUGAUGGAAGAACAGGCUGAUCAUGACCAUGAAGCGAUACAGAAUCUGCAUGACCUGCUAACGGAGAGGGAGAAAGAAUUACUCGACAUGGAUGCUGAACUUGAUAACUGCCGUAGGGUACUUCAGCAUGAGCCAUUCAAUGGUGGGAAGUUUGAUGAUGCAAAUACAAUUGACAAUACAAGUGGAUAUGACAGGGGUAUGUCCUUCGACGUCUUGAAUGGCUCGGAUUUCGUUACUGGCUCAGAUUUCGUGGCUGGCUCGGAUUUUGUGGCGAGCUCCAUGUCGGGUUUCGAAGACGAAAAGGCUUACAUUUUGGAAGCUCUGGGCGGAUUGGAGGAAAAGCUUCGCAUUUCGACAGACAGGCUUGCUUCUGAUGAUGCCAACAAGAACCAAGGGGACAGAGUGUUUGGAGAUCACACCGAGGAUGAAUCAACUUCUCUUGAGCAACCAGCUGAGGAGAACCGCAAGGAUGAAUGUUCGUGCUCUCCUUUCGACAGUGACAAAGUGAACGAGGUAACCAGUUUUAAGGAUGAAAUUUUACUCUUGGAUACAAGAGUGAAGGCGCUAGAAGAUGAUCACGAGUUUCUCAAGCGGGUACUAAGUUCCCUAAAAGGUAGCACUGAUGGGCUACAGUGUGUACGGGAGAUAACCAGCCAUUUACAGGAGCUGAGAAGAGUUGCUGUUCAAUAAAGAGGAACAUGUUUUGUCUUGAGCAGUUUUUCUCACAUGGAGAUCUACAACCUAACGACGGCGUGUUGAUCCAAGCUGGUGCAAGGCCAUCCUCUGUUCUAUGUUCCUGGUCUCACUAAAUGUGAAAGGCAGCAUCCACUCACUGACCAAACACCUCCAUCUCUUGUGUUAACCUCCUUGUUGUUGCUUCUGUCACCAAUUCAGCAAACUACUGACACAAAAGAAGAUAAAAAACAACUCUAACUCUCUUGUAGUUCACCCGAUGAGUGCUGAAAAUUAGCAGCAAGUUUGUAACUGUACAUGUGACGAAAUGCUUUGUGGUUCUUGCUAAGGGGAGUUAACUAUAGUGACAUGAAAUGGUGUUCAUGUCAAAUCAGUGGGUGUUCCUUGCUUUUCCAGGAUGCAACGUUUUUCUGUCCUCAUCUC